AUGGAUUUUGUGAGUUUCAGCGAUGGAAUGAUUACAGAUCCUCGAUGGAAAUGUUUCAGUUUUCCAAAAGAUGAGCACUUUAACGGAAACCCAUGGACUAAUCCCGAGUUCAAUGAUAACCAUUGGGCCCAGGCCGUCGCGGGGUUCUCAAACCGGGGAGAAAAUCCAGUAGGAAAAGUCAUGGGCAUUAAUGAUGACGCUCUUUGGAUAUCAACGGCUGAAGAUAACCCGAGGUUGUUUUGCAGGCGUAAUCUGUCUGAUGACGCCACAUUAUCCUUAACAUCCAUCCAAGAUAUCUCGAGUGGUAUGUCUGAAUACAUUUGAUAGCCACUACAUCACCUAAAUUGUUCAGUAUAGAGUCGCUGGUGGUAAUUGGGUAGAAAUGGCACCAAUGUUAACCACUCAAUUAGCCUAAUUUAGAUCGCUGUUAAGCAAGAGAGAAGCUCAUUCUCUCGUGGCGUUGAGUACUAUUAAGUUAUUUGGACGAUACAUUCAACAGAUACUUUUCAGACCAAACUCGGAGGUGUAGACUACGCCCUCCUUGGCCAGCCUCUUUCUCAACACCAUGUAGUGACGUCAUAG